UGACGUCGACAGGAAGACUUUGGCUGAGUUUCUUUUCAACUUCAGUCUUGUUGUGGUAAUGUUUGAAGAGAGUGACAAUGCCUGUGCAGAGUGUUCCAGUCCGAGAUGCGGCCAUACAUUACCGUUUACUGCACCAGUAUCUGUUUCUGCUGAAGAAAUACCCCAUCCUCACUAAGUCAAUAACAAGUGGCACCCUCUCAGCAUUAGGAAAUCUUCUGUCACAGUGUUUGGAGGCAAGAAAAAAGGCCAAAAAUGGAGCCCCAGUGAAUGAGAUUGACACAGCUGGAGCUGCAAGAUAUGCCAUCUAUGGAUUGUUUAUCACAGGACCAGUGAGCCAUUUCUUCUACCAGCUGAUGGAGUUAUGGAUACCCCCCAAGGAUCCGUUAGUUAUAGUCAAGCGCCUGCUUCUGGAUCGGCUUAUUUUUGCGCCUGGCUUCCUCCUUAUUUUCUAUUUUGUCAUGAAUAUCCUGGAGGCUAAAGGUUGGGAUGACUUCGAGAGGAAGAUGAGGGCAAGUUACUGGUCCGCCUUAAAGAUGAACUGGAAAGUGUGGACUCCCUUCCAGUUUAUCAAUAUCAACUUUGUGCCUGUCGAGUUUAGGGUGCUGUUUGCCAACAUGGUCGCCUUGUUUUGGUACGCCUAUCUAGCAUCUGUGAGGAAAUGAAGCUCUCUGACCUGAGAGAAAUGAAUCUGGAGAAAUCACCUUCUUUACAGUGACUUUAACAUGAUUUGUUCCUUGCACCACUGUAUACCUGUUCCUAAUCAGUAACUCUCACUUAGUGUAACUGGGAUGACUGCCAAAAUACCUUCUCAUCAAGGGUUAAACCUUCAUAAAAUGCUGCUGUGACAUUUUGGAUACUACUGCCUUUGUAAUUCUAAAAGUAAACAUAGUUUACAAAAUAUAUAUAUAUUUUCACCUAACACUAUUUUUUGUAAAAAAAAAUAUAGAAGUGUACUUGGAACUAUUUGAUUGACAAAGUCUACUGUUUUAAUUUUUCACUGCUGAAGAUUACUGUUAUUUGGGGAAGCUCCACCCCUGGGCUGAAAGGGUGGUACAAAGUGCAUUAAAUAUGAAGAGACAUGUUAAUUAACAAUUUGAAUUUAUUUUUAAACAACAAUAACAUGUAUUUGAGAUAGAAAAAAAACAGUGUGCCUUGCUUUUAACAUAAUUGAACUGUCAAGCAAGUAACUUCUAGGCCACAAGUUUUAAGACGUGUGUUCAGGAAUGCAUCGUUCAAAAUCAAGUUACAUAACAAAUGGCCAUACGACAUUUGUAUUUAGCUUGUAUUAAAUAACUAACAGCAGAAAAAAUAAAAAUAUGUAUAAACUA